CAAGGGUUGCAAUCAUUAAAACAUUAUCCUGAAACCAAAACAACAACAUUUCGUAAAGGCCCGGUGGACCGGGGUAAUUGCCCCAGUCUGGUUGAAACUGGUGUUGGACCAUGUGACCACCUUGCCAUUGGGGGCGAUCUGCGGUGAACUCGGACUGCAAGUUUGCAACUCAUUCAACUUCAGUCUACUGUAGGCUACAACUAGAGAGGUAAGAAGACACGACGAAGACAUGCGAGUUGCAGUGAUCGGAGCUGGAGUGUCUGGCCUCGCCACGGCUCAGAGCAUUUACGAGCAGUACCACUCCACCGUCACUCCUUUGACGAUUGAGAUUUACGCAGACCGCUUUACUCCCCUCACCACCAGCGAUGGAGCGGCGGGUUUCUGGCAACCAUACCUCUAUGACAAGGGCAACACCAAGGAGACUGAAUGGAACAAGGAGACCUUUGACUACCUCUUGAGCUUCAUAAGUUCUCCUGAUUCAAUCAAGAUGGGUAUUUUCCUGCAGUCUGGAUACAACCUCUGCAGUGAACCUGCACCAGAGCCCUCCUUUAAAGACAUCGUGCUGGGGUUCCGAAAUCUCACCGACAGAGAGCUGGCGAUGUUUCCAGGAUACAGCUAUGGCUGGUUCAACACUGCUCUCAUGGUGGAGGGGAAGACCUACUUACCUUGGCUGAUGGACUGGUUACAGAAGAGGGGUGUCAAGUUUUACCAGAGGAAGAUCGAGUCUUUCAAAGAGCUUUCAGAGAGUGGAGCUGACAUCAUCAUCAACUGCUCGGGGGUGAGGUCCGGGGACCUGCAGCCUGACCCUGAGCUGACCCCUGGCCGUGGACAGAUCAUUAAGGUGGACGCCCCGUGGCUGAAGCACUGGGUCCUCACCCACAGCUUCUCCAGGGGGACCUACAACACUCCCUACAUCAUCCCAGGGAGUCGUCUGGUGACCGUGGGAGGGGUGUUGCAGCUGGGGAACUGGAGCGAGCAGAGCAACUCUCCUGACCACAAGAAGAUCUGGGAGGAAGCGUGUCUGCUGGAGCCCAGCCUGAAGCAUGCCCGGAUAGUGGAGGACUGGGCGGGUCUCAGGCCUGUUCGCUCCGCUGUUCGUGUGGAGAGGGAGACGAUAAAGGCUGGAUCUGCUACUGUUGAGGUGAUCCAUAACUAUGGUCAUGGGGGCUUUGGCCUGACCAUCCACAGAGGCUGUGCCCAGGCUGCAGCUAGGCUGUUCGGGGAGGUCUUGGGACGGGAUCAUAGCUCCAGGUCUCGCUUGUAGAGACGAUCUUGGACGGGUUUCUAGACACUGCUUUCACAAUGCUAUGAGCUCUGCACUGCCUUUACUAAAGACUGUUAUAUCGUGGUAGUGCUAUGACAGAAGUGGAUUUUUUGAUUUUAUACUUUAAUUAUUAUAUUAUUAAUAUAUUAUUAAUAAGAAGAAUCGUAUUUUAACACUAUUUUUAAUAAAAUGGGGGAUGUAAAAAAAAAAUUAUCAGCUGAAAGACAGGAAGUACAAACUUUCCAUUUUGUUUGGCA